UUCAAAAGGAGGAAGCUUCCCCAGGUCCCAUUCCUCUUCCCAUUAUUGGCAACAUCCUGCAAUUGGAUUUGAAGAACAUGCCUGAAUCGUUAUCUAAGCUGGCUGAAAAAUAUGGCCCCAUCUAUACUCUUCAUAUUGGAACCCGCGUGUUGUGGUGCUACAUGGAUAUAACAUUAUGAAGGAAGCUCUAAUUGAUCAUGGAGAUAAUUUUAUGGAUAGAGGAAUCUUACCAAUGUUUGGAGAUGUAGCCAAAGGACAUGGACUUAUUUUCAGUAGUGGAGAGAGGUGGAAACAACACCGCCAGAUUUACCCUGACGACCCUAAGGAACUUUGGGAUGGGGAAGAGAAGCGUUGAAGAGCGAGUUCAAGAAGAAGCCCAAUGCCUGGUGGAGGAGCUCAGGAAAACAAAGGGUCAGCCCACUGAUCCCACCUUCAUCCUUAGCUGUGCACCAUGCAAUGUGAUCUGCUCUAUCCUCUUCCGUGACCGAUUCAAGUACAAUGAUGAGAAAUUUCUCCAUCUGAUGAACUUGUUAAAUGAAAACUUCCGCCUCAUUAACGAACCAGGGAUACAGCUCUACAACUUUUUACCAGCAUUCAGAGCAUACCUCCCUGGAGAACACAAAAGAAUUUUAAAAAUUAAUGAGGAACUUAAAGAUUUCAUUUUGGAAAGAGUGAAAGAACAUCAGAAGGUCCUGGACCCCAACAACCCUCAGGACUACAUUGACUGCUACCUCUCCAAAAUGCAGCAGGUAAGAUGCAUGGGGGAAGCACCUUACCUGUUGAGUAAGGCUGAUAUUCCAAGGAUUCUUACAGGCCACAAGCACAGAAAGGGACAUGAGAGAGAACCUCAAAGUACGCACAUCCCCCAAGGAUGCCACUGGCUUUCUAGUAACUGGUCUUUGGUCUGCUCGUAUCCCUUAUCUGAAGUCUGGAUGGAAAAAUGAGAUUGGAAGAGUUCU